GUGACUUUCCAUGUAGCGGGUUGUUACAUAGAUUAAUAUCGUGCUUUCUUGAUUGCGGUUGCUGGCAGUGCUUGUUUAAGAAAAAUAAGCCAUGUGGUAGGAGUGAAAUAGGUUAACAUUCGUUUGAAAAAGCAUUUUGUAAAUAUGUCAUUUUUUAUUCGAAAUAAACAAGGUAGCGGAGGAAUUAAAAGAAAGUUUAAUGGUUAUACUAAAACAAAGGGGAAGACAAAGAAGAUAAAUAAGUCUAUACCUGAUGAUAAUGAAAGUAUUGCCAGUACAGACGAAGAACUUGCAGAAGAAAAUCAGAGAAGAAACGAAGAAUAUGAAAGCGAGGAAGAGGAAGAAACUGCUCAGGAGAAGCGUGUAAGACUCGCAAAGAAAUACCUUCAGCACAUCGAAGAGGAAGAAAGAGAUAGGGCAGAAUUUGAAGAAGGAGCAGUAGCAAGAAGAUUGCAAGAGGAAUAUUUAGAAGAAAAGGGAAGGUUACGGAAGACUGUAGCUUCAAAUUAUAUCAAUCAUGGUGAACCAAUUGUUCUAAAAUGUAAAGAACAUAAAAGUUCAAUUACCUGUUUAUGUCUCUCUAGCAAUGGAAAGUUUUUAUAUUCUGGUUCAAAGGACGGUAGUUUAGUUAAAUGGUGCUUAAAAGAAAGAGCAAAAUUGAAAGCCGUUAAAGGGAAAAGGAAAUCAGAGGCUGGAAUGAAAUGUGUACAAUGUUUGGCGAUUAGUACCGAUGGUAAAUUUUUGGUAGCAGGAGAUAGCGGUUGUAAACAUAUUCUAGUAUUUUGUGGAGAUACCUUGAAUCACAUAAAAAACUUGCAAGGUCAUAGGGAUAGCGUUACCAGUUUAGUGUUCCGUAGAGAUACGCACACGUUGUAUUCCGGUUCUAAAGAUAGAAGCGUAAAAGUAUGGAAUUUAAGUGAUAUGGCAUAUGUUGAAUCUUUAUUUGGACAUCAAAAUGGUGUUACAUCGAUCGACGCUCUUGCGCGUGAACGAGCUAUAACUAGCGGUGGUUUCGAUGGGACGAUACGAAUUUGGAAAAUCGUAGAAGAAUCGCAACUUAUAUUCAAUGGACAUGGUGGUAGCAUAGAUACCGUAAAGCUUAUAAACGAAGAACACUUUUUUAGUUGUGGAGACGAUGGACAAUUAUGCGUUUGGGGUUGUUUAAAGAAAAAACCUUUGUGUUCGGUGGCAGACGCACACGGAAGAGAUGAAAGCAAUAAUCAACCAAUGUGGAUCUCGAGUAUAGCUACUUUACUCAAUACAGAUCUAGUUGCAUCAGGAUCACGAAAUGGCGUUAUCAGAUUAUGGCAAUGCGGUGAUUCCUUCAGAUCAUUGAAUCCGCUAUUUGAGAUACAAUUAACAGGGUUCGUCAAUGCGCUAUGUUUCACUUCGGAUGGGACUCAACUUAUUGCUGGAAUUGGUCAAGAACACAGACUUGGAAGAUGGUGGCGGAUAUCAGAAGCAAAAAAUUCUAUAGUUAUAAUACCGUUAAUUCAAACAAAAAAUAAAUAGUUUAUUAUAAUAUUCAGAAGAAACGAGCAACAGUUGUAAAUUGAAUAUAAAUAGUUAGAAAAAUAUAGAUCACAUAAUUUUU